AUGUAUGUGAAAUGCUUUGAUACAGUAAUGGAAUACUAUGUGAUUUUAGUGUAUUUAGUGAAUGUCACUUUUUGUCAUUUUCAAAUUUCCGCCAGUUCCAUCCCCCGUACGUCCCGACGUUGCAGGGGACGGAACCCAGAAGACAGAUGCCGGCAUGCGCCGGAGAACAUUGCCGGGAACACUGCAGAAGGGACAUUGCGGGAGUGAAGGACAAGGUAAGAGAAGAACAGAUCCCAGAGCAGCGCUGCAUGAUAAGCCCGAGUGUAGCUCGGGGUUACCGCUUUUGCUACACUCGGGAAUACCACCAGGGGGGUUA